AUGGCUCCCAAAGUUGCAAUCGUCUUUUAUUCCAUGUAUGGCCACAUCCAGCAGCUCGCCGAAGCUGAAAAGGAAGGCCUGAAGAAGGUCGGCAUCGAGGCCGACCUCUUCCAGAUUCCUGAGACGCUUCCACAGGAGGUUUUGACCAAGAUGCACGCACCUCCCAAGUCCAAGUAUCCAGUCAUCGAUGCUAAGACCCUUGAGAACUACGAUGCUUUCCUGUUCGGCAUCCCAACUCGUUAUGGGAACUUUCCCGCUCAGUGGAAGACAUUUUGGGAUACUACCGGCGGUCAGUGGAGCACUGGGGCUUAUUGGGGCAAAUACGCUGGAGUGUUCGUGUCAACCGGCACCCCUGGCGGCGGACAGGAGAGCACAGUCAUUGCGUCGAUGUCCACUCUUGCCCACCACGGCAUCAUCUAUGUGCCUCUAGGCUACAAGACUGCCUUCCCCAUUCUUGCAAACCUCUCCGAGGUUCGAGGUGGCUCACCCUGGGGUGCAGGCACCUUUGCUGGCGCUGACGGAUCCCGCCAACCUACCCCUCUUGAGAUCGAGCUUGCUACCACUCAGGGGGAAUCUUUCGGCAAUGCCAUCUCGAAGGUUAACUUCGCUUGA